AUGGAGUUGCUCAAUGUCCGUUUGCUGCUGCUGGCAGCGUGCCUCCUUCAUACCUGUCAUUCUCACCUAUGUCUGAUAUCUCCGCAUCAAAGGGGAGAUAUGGACAUCACAUUGUCAGGAAGCCACACAUGUUUUCGACACGGUGCGCCCUGCGGAGGUAUGACAGCAGAAACGCCUCGUGGACAGCCUUUUAUUGCGGGACAGCAAAUGUUUAUAAAAUGGCAGCAAAACUUCAACCAUUAUGAAGUUGGAUAUCCAGGCUUCAUGGAUAUAAGCAUUGCACCACUGGGCAGCGAAAACUUUACCACUCUGACUUUUGUCCCAGACAAGUACGUCUUUGCACAGGAUCACCAACAAAAUUACACGGCGGUCAUUAGGAUUCCAGACACCCCAUGCGACCAUUGUGUCAUACGAGCCCGUUACCAAUCUCACAAACCCGGGGAGACGAUUUUCUAUCAAUGCGCCGACGUUAAAGUGAUCAAGCUCCCUGUCCCUAUCAAAAAGGCUUAUUUGUCAGUACCAAUGGAUCCAAACUUUCGGACAUUGCGGAUGGCAUCACAACUCCAAAUGAAUUACCCAAUGAACGAAUAUACGGAUGCUCCAUUUUAUCUACAGGGACUUGCCUAUAACGAAUUUGAACCGGAACGUUUAGACUUUGUUAACAUUUCUGUCGAACUUGGAUUCGUACAACCUCUGAACCAGUUCAAUAUCGGUGUCGAUCUAACACGUACACGAGAAAGGUUUGCUACACAACCACUUGAGUUCAUUAUGGAUGGCAUAACAGCUCUUAAUCCUGCAGAAUCGGAAAUGUUGACAAUGUAUCACAAGGGUGGUGCUAUGGAUGACGUAGCCAGUGACGUCAUGGUUUUAUACACCAAUAAUGGGAAGUUGGAACUCACCACGUCCUUGCAUGGUUUUGACGGUGUUCCUAUCAGUGCACUUGAAUACGUAAAACCACGAACUUACGUUUCAUUUGGAAUACAAGAGGAUAACACAAAAGCUGGUACCUUUCACUUCGUCAUGGGUCAGAUCAUCUACGUGCCCGGAACUGGUUUAGUAUACAAACAAAUUUACCGCAGCCUUGACACCGAGAACUUGUUUGUGAAUUUCCAAUGGGCAAGCAUGGACCCAACAUCUGGACAGUUGUUUGUUUUGAUGGGUAACGAAAAUGCACCCGACACUCUGGACGCCAGAAUAUACGUGUAUAACUUCUUCAACCAAUCUUUUGUCAAAAUGGUGCCAGUAGAGAAAUCAGCGUUUACGUUCAUGUCAAUCCACGUCGGUCGCCUAUCCCCACAGGAACCUUUGCUGUAUACUGUGGCUCCUCAAGGUUCGUACUCAGAGAAACGGCCGACAUGGAGUUUGAUUCAGAUUGACCCCAUGUCAGGUAAAGUGACGGAACUCUUCCAGAUCGCCCCGCCAGGUUUGUUUGAACGGUAUUACGGAGGAUCAAUAUUUAACGGAUUUGAUAAAACCAAUGGUGUCCUAUACCACGUGCUAAGAGUGGCUGAUUCUGUGGCUGAUGUCAUCGUUGGAGCUGACGUCAAAACAAAGACUGCCAGUUUCUCUAAACUUACCAAUCUCCGGCAUAUACACAACCUCUCUCUGUCUCCAAAAUAA